AUGCUCGAUAACCUACCACCGGAAAUAAAAUCACAAUUUAUGGAUUAUAAUAACAUGGUAGUAAAAAGUAGAUCAGAAAGACUGGGAACAAAAUUAAUUCAGUCUCUGGAACCUCAUAAACCUGAACGAAAAUUUCCUAUGGACCCUGAGCGGUACGUUCAUAAUUUCUCUAGUGUUACGUUAAACGCAUUGCAAGUAGAGGCAUUGUCACUCGGCCCUAGGUUUUGCGACUAUAGUAAUAAAAUAAACCAACUAGAUACAGAUGUACAGUUUGAAAAUUUAUUUACACAAACAACAGAUAUGGUUCCUACUUCUUCUGAUGAACUAACCAGGUUUAAGACCACGUUGGUAGACAUCUGCCAACAAUACAAAAAUAGUAAAUGUACAGUGAAGACUCCACUUACCAAACAGCACCGAGAUGCUUUACAUGUACUUAGAAACGACAAUACUCUGAUCAUAAGCAAGCCGGACAAAGGAGGGGGGCUAGUUCUUAUGAACAAAGCUGAUUACAUUAAUAA